UCAGCCCGCGGCGCCGGGGCCGCACCUGCGGAGGGGCCCGGGGCGGCGGCGGAGCCCAGCCCCGCGGCCGCAGCCCCGCGGCGGGCGGCGCGGCAGGACCAUGCCGGUGAUGAAGGGGCUGCUGGCGCCGCAGAACACCUUCCUGGACACCAUCGCCACCCGCUUCGAUGGCACACACAGCAACUUCAUCCUGGCCAACGCGCAGGUCCGCCGCGGCUUCCCCAUCGUCUACUGCUCCGACGGCUUCUGCGACCUCACCGGCUUCGCCCGCACUGAGGUCAUGCAGAAGAACUGCAGCUGCCGCUUCCUCUACGGGGCUGAGACCAGCGAGCCCGUCCUGCAGCGCAUCGAGAAGGUGCUGGACGGCAGGCAGGAGUACCAGACCGAGGUCUGCUUCUACAAGAAGGGGGGAGCUGCCUUCUGGUGCCUGCUGGACAUCAUGCCCAUCAAGAACGAGAAGGGGGAGGUCGUGCUGUUCCUCUUCUCCUUCAAGGACAUCACAGAGAGCCGGGGCAGGAGCCACCUGGGUGACAAAAAGGAGGAGAAGCAGAGGAGCAAGAAGUCGGGGAGCUCACACCUGCGGGCAGCACAGAGGCAGGGCCGGACGGUGCUGCACCGGCUCAGCAGCCAGUUUGCCCGGAGGGACCGCGGCGAGAUGAAAAUCAACCGUAACGUGUUUGAGAACAAGCCGUCCAUCCCCGAGUACAAAGUGGCCUCGGUGCAGAAGUCCCGCUUCAUCCUGCUCCACUACAGCAUCUUCAAGGCCCUCUGGGACUGGCUGAUCCUGCUGGCCACCUUCUACGUGGCCGUCACCGUCCCCUACAAUGUCUGCUUCACGGGCACGGAGGACAGCCUCUCGGCUGCCCGCAGCACCAUCGUCAGCGACAUCGCCGUGGAGAUGCUCUUCAUCCUCGACAUCAUCCUGAAUUUCCGGACGACGUACGUGAGCCAGUCGGGCCAGGUGGUGUACGACCCCCGCUCCAUCUGCAUCCAUUACGUGGCCACCUGGUUCUUCGUGGACCUGAUCGCCGCUCUGCCCUUCGAUCUGCUCUACGUCUUCAACGUGACCGUGACCUCGCUGGUUCACCUGCUGAAGACGGUGCGGCUGCUGCGGCUGCUGCGGCUGCUGCAGAAGCUGGACCGGUACUCGCAGUACAGCGCCAUGGUGCUCACCCUGCUCAUGUCCAUGUUCGCGCUGCUGGCCCACUGGAUGGCGUGCAUCUGGUACGUCAUCGGCCGCAAGGAGAUGGAGAGCAACGACCCCCGGACCUGGGAGAUCGGCUGGCUGCAUGAGCUGGGCAAGAGGCUGGAGGCUCCCUACAUCAACAACUCGGCGGGGGGCCCCUCCGUCCGCAGCGCCUACAUCGCCUCCCUCUACUUCACCCUCAGCAGCCUGACCAGCGUGGGCUUCGGCAACGUCUGCGCCAACACCGACGCCGAGAAGAUCUUCUCCAUCUGCACCAUGCUCAUCGGGGCGCUGAUGCAUGCCGUCGUCUUCGGCAAUGUCACGGCCAUCAUCCAGCGCAUGUAUUCCCGCCGCUCGCUCUACCACACCCGCAUGAAGGACCUCAAGGACUUCAUCCGCGUCCACCGCCUGCCCCAGCAGCUCAAGCAGAGGAUGCUGGAGUACUUCCAGACCACCUGGUCGGUGAACAACGGCAUCGACGCCAACGAGCUGCUGCACGACUUCCCCGACGAGCUGCGUGCGGACGUGGCCAUGCACCUCAACAAGGACAUCCUGCAGCUGCCCGUCUUCGAGACGGCCAGCCGGGGCUGCCUGCGCUCCCUCUCGCUCCACAUCAAGACCUCCUUCUGCGCCCCGGGGGAGUACCUGCUGCGCCAGGGUGACGCGCUGCAGGCCAACUACUUCGUCUGCUCCGGCUCCCUCGAGGUGCUGAGGGACAACGUGGUCCUGGCCAUCCUGGGCAAAGGGGAUUUGAUCGGAGCCGACCUGUGCAGCACGGACCAGGUCAUCAAGACCAACGCGGACGUGAAGGCGUUGACUUACUGCGACCUGCAGUACAUCGGGCUGCGGGGGCUCUGCGAGGUGCUGCAGCUCUACCCCGAGUACGCCAGCAAGUUCACGGCCGACAUCCACCAGGACCUGACCUUCAACCUGCGGGAGGGCAGCGAGAUGGAGAGCCAUGUGGGGUCCCACAGGCCACUGAACCGGUGCCAUCCACUCUCCCCGCAGGGGCUCUGCCGCUACCCCCGGUCCCCGCGGCUGUCGCAGGCACCCCAGUCUUGUCUGGAGAGCGGCGCUGCCCCGGAGAAGCCCCUUCCCUCCAUCCUGGAGGACGAGGAGGAGCCCGACGAGGUCUUCCAGCCCUCGCCCCCCGCCGUCACCCGCCGCAAGUUGCUGCUGCCCCAGCUGAGCAGCCCGGCGCGUCGCGGCUCCCUGAGCAGCCUCCUGGGUGAUGAGCUGUGCCAGAUCUCAGCCCUGCGGCGCAACUGCCACUCCCCGGCCCGCUGCAACCGGGGCCGCAGCCCCUCGCCGCAGUGCCGGAGGGACGCCCGGCUCCCGGAGCAGGAGGGUGAUGCGGGCAGGAGGCCGGCCAAGCUCCUCAUCCCCUCCCUGCACACCUACGGCCCCCCAGACCUCAGCCCCAGAGUUGUGGACGGGAUUGAAGACAACAGGGGGAUGUCGGAGCCACAAACCUUCUCCUUCAACGUGGAUGCCCCGCUGCAGAGCGCGGCGAGGGGCUCCCCCACGGCAGGUACCCCCGGGGUGGGGGCUGCGGGGCUGGGGGGCUCGGGGAGCCCUCUGCCACCAGCCGUGUCCUCCCCGGCAGGGACCGAGGCGGGGGCCCCAGCCCUGGCCACGGAGGCGGAGGAGAUAAAGCAGAACAUCAGGAGGCUCAACCAGGAGAUCACCCACCUCAACCAGGAGGUUUCCCACCUCGGCCGGGAGCUACAGCGCAUGAUGGAGCUGCUCCAGGGCCGCCUGGGCGCCUCGCCGCCCCCCCGGCCCCCGCCGCCCCCCUCGCCACCGCCUGCUCCCCCCCGCUCCCGCAGCCCCCCCCCCGCCAGCCCCCCGCCCCAGCGCUGCCCGCUCCGCAGCCGCUCGGCCCACGCCGCCGCCGGCCCCUGGGGGCUCUGCCCGCCGCGGGGGGACACCCCCGGCCCCGACCCCCGCCCGGUCUCGGGCUCGCCCCCCCGCUCGCUGCCGCCCCGCUCCGCCCGUUCCUUCCCCGGCUGUUCGGCCGGCGGCCGCCCCCGCGCCCACCCCCAGCCCCGCUCCGGCUCCGCCAGCUCCCACUGA